AUGGCACGACUCUCUAGUAGGGUCGUGCACUACCUCAUUGUCUUGCUUCUAUCCUGUUCUGUCAUCAUCGUCUCCGGUAGUCAGGUCUCCAGUCUUCAGGUAUUGGCUACUGCAGAUAAUGAUUACUCGUGCUCCAAAGAUAAACCUUGCACCCUAGGCUGCUGUGGUCCACUCGAUGCUACUGGAAAAGGAGUCUGCGGUUUAGGACCUGACUUCUGUGGAAAAGGAUGUACAUCUGACUGUGACCGGAAGAGCGAAUGUGAUCCAGGCUGGGGAAAGGAAUGGUCGAACGCAUCUACCUGUCCUUUGAAGGUCUGCUGCAGCAAGUUUGGCUUCUGCGGUACCACUUCGGAUUUCUGCGGCGACAAGAAAGUCAUCUCUCCUGAAUGCAACGGCAACAGUGCUACCAAGAGAGUCAUCGGUUACUGGGAAGCAUGGAACGCUCAGCGACCCUGUGUACGCAUGAACCCCCAGGAUAUCCCUCUAGGAUACUAUACCCACAUCAACUUUGCCUUCGCCCUGAUCAACCCCAAGACCUUCCGCCUGGCUGAUAUGGAUGAAGAAACCGGAAAGCGUUACAAAGAACUGGCAUCAAUCAAGAUGAAGCAGCCAAGUUUGCAGAUUUACCUUGCCGUUGGAGGAUGGGCCAUGAACGAUCCCGGUCAAUAUCGGACCGCCUUCUCAGACCUUGCUGCCUCCACCUCGGCACAAGAUACCUUCUUUGAAUCUCUGGUUACCUUCUUGCAGUCCAAUGGGUUUGAUGGCGUUGAUCUCGACUGGGAAUACCCGGUUGCGGACGAUCGUGGCGGCAGACCGGAAGACUUUGCAAACUUUGUCACCUUGUUGAAACGGCUGCGCGAGCGCCUCAACCAGACAGGGCGCCAUUACGGAAUUACAAUCACCUUGCCUGCCUCGUACUGGUACCUUAGAGGCUUCGACCUCAUCCACAUUGAGCCAUACGUUGACUGGUUCAACGUCAUGACAUACGAUAUUCACGGCGUAUGGGAUAAGACUGUCGAUGAUUUCAAAUCCAAGGCCUACGCGCACACGAAUCUGACCGAGAUCAACUCGGGUCUUGAGCUUCUGUGGCGGAACAACAUCAACCCCGAACGUGUGGUUAUGGGCCUCGGGUUCUACGGACGAAGCUUCACGAUGGAGAACCCCGACUGCAUGACACCAGGCUGUCGCUUCAAGGACGGCGGCCGCCAGGGAGAAUGCACGGGACAGUCUGGAGUUCUUUCCGCUGCCGAGAUUCACAAGAUUCUCAACACAACCAAAGACGUCACCAUUCAGUUUGAUAAAGACGCAGCAGUCAAGAUCGCCACCUGGGACAAGGAUCAAUGGGUCAGCUGGGACGACAAGGAGACAUUGAAACUCAAGGUCGACUACGCGAACCGGCGAUGCCUUGGUGGUGUUAUGGUGUGGGCGGUUGAUUUGGACGACGGCACACUCAUUGAUGCUCUUGGGCAGGCAAUGGGCAAGAACAAGACGUUGGUUGGGUCGAUGCAGCUCCCAUCGGUCCCGGACCUUGUCCUUGAUCCUAGAGACUUGGGGCCAACGGAAGGACCUAAGCCUCCCAGAACCAGCUAG